GAGCCGGAGAAGACAUGGCGGCGUCUGCGUCGACAGCUGCCGGGGAAGAGGACUGGUAACUUUGGGUCAUAGGUUUUGGCUGGCUGCCUGGAUCUGGUGCUGGGAACUAGCAACAGCUUCGGACCGUCCGAAUCACGGGCAUAAAGGGUGGAUCAAGGCGGGAGGGAUGGAAGAGACCAUGACAUCCUUUCGUAGGCGAGCUACUGGACCGGGAAAGGAGGGGGGAGGGACGCUGAUCUGAGAAGGGACUGGGUCUACGGCGGCCCUGCCAGCAGGGCCCACACCUUAUCGACCCCAUUGCCCCCUCCUAUGGACCUACCCCUUCCCACUUCUCCCUGAUGGGGUUUUCUGGGCCCUGGAGGAUGGCUGCUCAUCACACCUCCCACGUCUCGGAACAGACGCCCUCCUCGUGCCCCUAGGAUCCUGCCCCUUGGUUCAGUCCAUGUCUGCCUACGCGUUUUUCAAUCUUCCCAUAUCCCCGACAGCAUAAUAACUAUUGUCAGAAAAGCCUUAUUCCCUUCAUAAGCCCUCCUACUCUCUCGAACAUUCUUAAUAAACCAAAAGCCUUUAAGGGCUUUGGGUUUUGGACAUAAGAUAAAAAUGUGCUCACUUCAUAUUUAAUUAGCUUGAUGUGAUGCUGACCAAACCAGCUAGCUCCCUGCGAGUCAGUGUCAGCUAUUAAAAAAAAAAAAAAGUGGGUGUGGCAUUACCUCAUAGAGUAGUUGGGAGGAUCACGGUGGAUUUGUAAUAUCCAUAAGCCUGCUUGCUUUUCAUUAAUUGCUGAAAUAUAAGACCUCAAGAGGCUAGGUAAACCCAAAGGACAUCUGUCUGGGUUAAGGCCUUAUAUUGUUAUUAUUAGGACAGCCUACUGCGGACCCCCACCCCACCCCACCUGUAACCUAUGACCUUAUUUACUCCCAGUCUGUAUCUUACAUCCAAGGCUCAGGUGACCUCAGGUGACCAAAGUACUAAAGGAAGUCUUAACUGAGGCUGCACCUCAGUGUUACAUUGGUUUAGGGAGCCCAGCCAGACUAGUGCUUUUCACUGUCGGGAGGGACUUCUAAGAUUAUGAAGGGACACCUGAGCCAUAACAGGGUAGCGGUGGCUGUAGUAGUCUAUAGCAGCCAAAAUGUCUUUUUUUAUUAUUAUUGUUAUUUGUAAAAUAAUAAGCUUUAUAUUUUAAGGUUUCUGCCUAAGGCUUAAGAAGAAUGGUAAUACUAACCAUCACUGAUAGAAGUGGUGCUGGGGUGUGCACUCUCUCGAUGGAGAGGAAAUGUAUGAGAGAACGGAUACAGGUUUCAUAUCACCUGGGUAGGGCUGUGGACAAUCACUCUUCUUUGAUGUCAUUACAACUGUUUUUUCUAUGUUUAAAUGUGAGCCCUUUGGUUUAUAUCAGGACCAUGAACCCUGUCUUAGACAUGAUGAUCAGAAUUAACUACACAUCCAGGGUUAUGUGUGCACUCAGUGUCCUCAGACUGUGCCCUUCUCCGUUUCCUUUUAAAGGGGGGGGAAGAUCACUUAGAUACUAUGUCUCAGACAUUUGUGCACUUUAAACAAAUCAUUUCUCUCUCUCAUAGUAGCCCUAGUGAGUAUGCUCUAUUUUCACUAGGUGGUAGACAGUGUAACUCAGGCUUCUAAAAAUAAGUAACCUGACCACAUAGCUUGGGUCCUUCCCUCUGAAGUUGAAGUAUUAGAGUCUAUCUAUCUGGAUGAGCUACAGGUGAUGAAAGGGAAUGGCAGAUCACCAUGGGAGAUCUUUAUCACUCUGCACCCUGCCACCGCAGAGGUCCAAGAUUCGCAGUUUGUCUGCUUUACUCUGGUUCUCCGGAUCCCAGUACAGUAUCCCCACGAGGUGCCACAGAUCUCCAUCCGUAACCCUCGAGGACUUUCAGAUGAGCAGAUCCACAAGAUCUCACAGGCACUGGGCCAUGUGGCCAAGGAAGGACUAGGCACUGCCAUGCUCUAUGAACUCAUUGAGAAAGGGAAGGAGAUUCUCACAGAUAACAACAUUCCCCAUGGUCAGUGUGUCAUCUGCCUCUAUGGGUUCCAGGAGAAGGAGGCCUUUACCAAAACACCGUGUUACCACUACUUUCACUGCCAUUGCCUUGCCAGGUACAUCCAGCACAUGGAGCAAGAGCUGAAUACACAGGAACAGGAGCAGGAGCGACAGCAUGUUGUUAUCAAGCAGAAGGCAGUCGGUGUGCAGUGUCCUGUGUGCAGGGAGCCCCUUGUAUAUGAUCUUGCCUCGCUAAAAGCAGCCCCUGAACCCCAACAACCCAUGGAGCCGUACCAACCCAGUGCAGAGAGCUUGCGCCAACAGGAAGAGCUCAAACGGCUGUAUCAGAGGCAGCAGGAAAAGGGAGGCAUCAUCGACCUUGAGGCUGAACGGAACCGAUACUUCAUUAGCCUUCAGCAGCCUCCUGCUACUCUUGAACCUGAGUCAGUUGUAGAUGUCUCCAGAGGACCCCAACCUCCUAAUGCCCUUUCUGCAGAACAAUCUACUUCCCUAGCUGUCCAAUCAACUCUGCCAACUCCUCUACCCACGGCGACCCAGUAUGUAUAUGAGAAGACUUCGGGGGCUGGGCCAAAUCAACAGAGGCCGGGUGAGACUCAGAAAUCCGUGCUAGAUCCUCCACGACCUGGUCGUGGCUCCUGGCGACAGUAUGAUCGGAGGCACCCAAAAGGAGGGGAGUGCUGUGCCCCAAAAGGUACCAGUGAAAUCCACGAACUGCCACCUCCUGAGAAGCCUCUCAAGGAGACUAUGGACUUAAAGGCAGAACCCCGUAACAAAGGGCACACAGGUCAUCCUCAGGAGAAGGGGCCUGGUAGCUGGCAGGGCCCCUCAGCUCGCAGGACUCGGGACUGUGCUCGCUGGGAACGCUCUAAAAACCGUACACCGGGUUCUUCCUAUCCCCAUCUACCUCGGGGCCAGGGAACAUACCGGUCUGGUACUCGCAGGGAGCCCCUGGGCUUGGAAUCUGAGGAAGGUUCCUAGCAGUACUGUUGGGGGACAGGGAAUUGGGGUGGGAGGGAGGCAAUAAAGAGAUUUGACCUUUGCUUAA